AUGGAACCCAGCUUUGUGGAGGAGCAUACUAAUUGGGAAGAUAUGAAUCGAGGAGACGAUAUUAAUAGCGAUGAUCCAUCAGAAAAUCCUCAGCAAGUUCUUCAGGAGUGCCUUGAUAAAUUUAAAACUCCAGAUUAUAUCAUGGAACCUGGUAUCUUUACACAGUUGAAAAGGUACUUUCAAGCUGGAGGUAAUCCAGAAACGGUAAUAGAAUUAUUAUCACAAAAUUAUACAGCCUGCGCACAGAUAGCUAAUCUUUUGGCAGAGUGGCUUAUCCUGGCAGGGGUAAAAGUAACAGACGUACAAGCCAUGGUAGAAAAUAAUUUAAAAGACAUGAUUUUAAAAACUUUUGAUCCUAAAAAAGCUGAUAAAAUUUUUACCGAAGAAGGAGAGACACCAGCGUGGUUAACAGAAAUGAUUCAGCAUCCGACCUGGCGAUCUCUUAUUUAUAGACUUGCUGAAGAAUAUCCUGAUUGUUUAAUGUUAAAUUUUACAAUAAAGCUUAUUUCCGAUGCUGGAUUCCAAGGAGAAAUUACGAGUAUAUCAACUGCUGCUCAACAAAUUGAAGUUUUUUCACGUGUAUUGAAAACAGCUAUUGCUGGGUUUCUUCAAAAUACGGAAAACUGGCAAUCGAGUAUUCAAGAAUGCGCCAAAAUGGUAUGUCAUGGUCAACAUACUUAUGUUUAUAGUCAAGUUCUACUUCACAUUUUGGCUCAAGAGACAAAGGGCGGAUUUAUGAUGAAACGAUUAUCACAAGAAAUUACUAAAUGCGCUCAACAGAGUCGACACGAUGUCACUCCAAUAACAAUGGCUCUGAAUGGUGCAGCUGGUAGUCCAUCAGCUUGUCAAGCCCUUGCAUCUAUGCUAUCGCGGAAUACAUUAAAUCCUGCAGACAUAACAGUUUUAUUUAGAAAUUAUUCACUGUCGGAGCCACCUCCUACUGAACUACUACGGAAUCCACAAUUUUUAGAACUUCUAGUCGAUGCUCUGUUUAAGCCUGGAGUGAAAAUCAAUCCUGAACAUAAGUCAAAAUACAUUUAUUUAUUAGCUUAUGCAGCUAGUGUUUAUGAAAUGCAAGCAAAAAAAGGUAUUCAAAGAAAAGUCAAUAAAGAGGAUUUAAAAAUCACGAUUCAAGCAAUUGAAAAAGUUCAUAAUACAUGUAACACUAACAAAGGUUCGACAGAACUCAUAGCAGAGAUAAAUACUCUGUAUCAAUGUAUUCGUUUCCCAGUGGUAAGUGUCGGAGUAAUAAGAUGGGUGGAGUGUACAGUGACAGAACCGUCUUAUUUUAAAUUAUGUACCGAACACUGUCCAAUUCAUUUAGCUUUAUUGGAUGAAGUUGUCGCUUGUCAUAAUUUAUUACAUCCUAAGGUUCUUCAACUUUUUAUACAAUUAUUUGAAAGUAAACAAGAUGAGUUAGAAAUUUUAGUACAAUUAGAAAUGAAAAAAAUGUUAAUCGAUAGAAUGGUCAAUUUACUUAGUAGAGGAUGCGUUGUACCGGUCGUUUCAUAUAUAAAACAGUGCUGGCAACGUGGAGACACAGAUAUAUCCUUAAUUAGGUAUUUUGUUACCGAGGUAUUAGAAGCAAUUGCGCAUCCAUAUUCAGGAGAAUUUGUUCAAUUAUUUUUACCUAUGGUGGAAAAUGAAGAAAUAACUGGAACUAUGAGAGGAGAUGGUGAUAAUGACUUAGUAUCAGAAUUUAUUAUAUAUUGCAAAGCUCAAAGCUCAAGUGUAAGAUAAUAAUGAAGGGUUAAUUUAUAAUUGUAAGACCAAAUAAGUACAAAUGAAUCUUCUGAUGUAUUCUAUUUGAUAAUAUUCAUCCAUUUAGUUAGAUUCUGAAACAGGAAAAUAUGAAAGCGAUUUGUAAAACAUUUUUAUAAAUAUAAAUAUACACAUGUAUAUAAAUACACAGGUAUAUAUUAAUACA